CCGAGGAAUAUAUACUUAGAGAGUGAAAGAGAGAACAAACCAGAUAAAAGGGACAUAGAAAGUGGUCUUCCUUGUCUGACUCUGUCCUAAACUCAGGAACCCUAGCUAAUCUCUGAAUCUAUCAAGAAAGCUCUUUGUCUCUUCUGUUUAUGCUCUUUUUAUUCUGCUACAUAACCCUUUGAGGAAAGAAAGAAGCUAACAAGAAAGAUGAUGAGCCUAAGUGGAAGUAGCGGGAGAACAACAGAGAGGCCUCCAUUUACACCAACUCAAUGGCAAGAACUGGAGCAUCAAGCCCUAAUAUACAAGUACAUGGUCUCUGGUGUUCCUGUGCCACCAGAGCUCAUCUUCUCCAUCAGAAGAAGCUUGGACUCUUCCUUGGUCUCUAGACUCCUCCCUCACCAACCACUUGGGUGGGGAUGCUACCAGAUGGGAUUUGGGAGAAAACAAGAUCCAGAACCAGGAAGAUGCAGAAGAACAGAUGGUAAGAAAUGGAGAUGCUCAAGAGAAGCACACCCAGAUUCAAAGUACUGUGAAAAACACAUGCACAGAGGAAGAAACCGUGCCAAAAAAUCUAUCGAUCAGAGUCAGACAACUGCUCCUUUAAUAUCACCAUCUCUCUCUUUUCCCAGCAACCACAACAACCCAAGCCCCACACUGUCCUCUUCUUCUACUACUUAUUCUGCUUCUUCUUCUUCUUCAUCCCCUUUACUUGACACCUAUAGUAACAUCAAUAGGUUUGGUGGUGGUAGCAGUAACAGUAGAGGUUACUUUAACAAUGAUUAUCCUUAUCCUUCAACUUCACCUAAACAGCAACAACAACAAACUCUUCAUCAUGCUUCCGCUUCGUCACUUCAUCAAAACACAUCUACUCCUCAACUCAAUGUCUUAGCCUCUGCAACUGACCACAAAGACAUCAGAUAUUUUCAUGGGACUGGGGAGAGAGUUGGAAUAGGGGAAAGAACAUUUUUUCCAGAAGCUUCUAGAAGCUUUCAAGAUUCCCCAUACCAUCACCAACAACCGUUAGCAACACUAAUGAAUGAUCCGUACCAUCAUAAGUUUGAUCAUCAUGAUAACACAUACUCAUCCUCAUCUCAACAUCAUCAUCGUGACCAAGAUCAUCGACAACAACAACAGUGUUUUGUUUUGGGCGCCGACAUGUUCAACAAACCCACAAGACCUGUCUCCGAAAACACAUCGAGACAAGAUCUUGAUAAUCAAGAAGACGAAGAGAAAGAUUCAUCAGAAACGAAGAAGUCUCUUCAUCAUUUUUUUGGUGAAGAGUGGGCACAGAACAAGAACAGUUCAGAUUCUUGGCUUGACCUUUCUUCCCACUCAAGACUUGACACUGGUAGCUGAUUGAUUAGGUCAGAUAGCAUCAGUGAUGGGUCUGCACCAACACAGACACAUACAAAAGUUUGAAGGGUGCAUUUCAUAUUUAUUUUCGUGGAACAUUGAGACAAGACACUGUUUGCAGAAGCCCUAUAUGUAUGCAUUAAUGUAAUGAUCUCUUUCUUCUCUCAAUGUCGUAGGUCCCAACAAGAAAACUGAUCCGACGUUUAUCUGUGUGUUUCUCCUGCUUUUUUUGGCUGCUGUUUUUUUUCCAAGAUAUCG